ACACACACACACACACACACACAUACGGAGCAGUAUCCCUUCUUGUGACAAACCCAUAGACAUGACAGAGAAAAUAAACAGCAAGAUGAACAGAUGGACAGAAGCAGGAAGGGAGGGGCCGAGUGACUGACAGAGAGCGAGAGGGAGAGAAAGAAAGAAGAAAAAGAGAGAGAGAGAGAGAGAGAGAGAGAGAGAGAGAGAGAGAGAGAGAGAGAGAGAGAUGAAGCAUCACUAAACAGGUCACAAGGUGGGAUUUAAUCUCCAUGUUCAUGGCUCCUGCUCACACUGCCAAAUGAAGCAUCUCAGCCUGCACCUACAGCGGACAGUACCAGCAGUGAUGUGGAGCAUCUGGUUUAUACUUUUCUUUCUAUUACCCGGAGAAGCUCAGGCCAGUGAUUUGUCAUGUGUAAACGACUACAUUUACACCAUCACAUGUGAGUGGAACAGUACUGCCUGGCUCACGAGCCGAAACUGCACACUUCACUCGAUUAGAGACACCUUUCAGGGCAAGAAGGAAAAGAUCUGUUCCCUGAACACCACAAGAAGCUGCUCGGUUACUUUGUCAAAUAUAAUAAGCUUUACCACAGAGAUCGAGCUGUAUGUGUUGUGUAAUCAGACCUGGAUGGACGGAGUGAAGAGCUACCGCCCCAGCCAACACGUUAAGCUCCGCCCUCCUGGGAAGCUGAAGAUCAAUAGGACGCUCCUGAUGUGGAGUCUAGAAGCGAACUUCCCAGAAUUCAUCAAGAACUACUUGUUCGAGCUGCAGGUCAAAGACAAGCAGCAGAGCUGGGAGGAAGUUAAGCCGAUUCAGGUAUAUGGCAUGUCUAUGUCAGUGGCUAAUUCCUCGAUGUGUGCGAGGGAGUGUGAGGCACGAAUCCGCAUCAAACCCCUCGAAACGAAGUCCACAGACCAAAUCCGGGGAAUCUGGAGUGACUGGAGCUCAGUCGUGACCUGGAAAACCAGUAUCUCCAACACCAUUAACUUCUCUCAGCCAGAAGUCACAGGAAUAAUGGUGGGGUUUGCAGUGCUGGUCCUCAUUCUUCUCAUCCUCACUCCACUCUCCAUCUACCGACACAAAUGUGGGCUGAAGAUGGGCUGCGAGCACAUUCCAGACCCCUCGACGUACUUUCAGCCUCUCAUCAUCGAGCACAAAGGAAACUUUCAGGCAUGGUUGGGUUCCCAGCACUCAACUUCUUUGUUCCUUCCUUCACAAUCAUUUAAUUGUGAAAUCUCUCCCAUCGAUGAAGUCUCUGAAGCAUGGGGCAGCCCUCUAACGGCCAGCACCCUAUUCCUCUACACUAAUCAAACAGCAACCCUGCAGCAGCAAAUGAUGGACACCAGUCAACUCUCCUCCGGCGUCUCGAACAUGGGGUACUUCUACAGUGAGCACCAGCCAGGCUCCGUGUGCGUGGACUCCUGCCCCGUCUACUUCUCUUACCACCCUGAAGGCGGCUCGCUCCAGACCAGCAUGUCUUACGAGCGUUUGCAGGGGACGGAGCCGACAAGCCCGGAUUCUGGCUUUGGCAUGGAAGCAGAAAAAGAAGAAGACGAUUAUGAAGAAGACGAUGAAGACGCCACCACAGGAAACGGAGCCAACGAAUGCAGCGGGAUCAACAUGCAGCACCUGGUCUCGUUUGUUUUGUCCAUGCCCGAGAGCUCAAGAGUCACCGUCCCACCAUGUUUCGCACAGCUCACACCCUGGCACGAGGAAGCCGAAUCUCCCGGGACCAGUGUGAACUCUGAGUCUCAGGACAGCCCUGCUGUUCGACCCUCGUCCAUGGUGGUGCAGCCAUGCAACAGUGGCUAUUUAACCCUGAAGGAGAUGCAGAAAUACAGCAACAAAUCCAUCUAAAUGCUUAGUGAUCUAAGUCAUCUCUAAGUAUUUUGUGUAAUGUAAAUUUGUUCCAAAGUGUGCGUUAAUUUUUCAGCAUGAGUUUUCUUCCAGAAUAUCAGCAGGAGUUCAAGACUUCAUCAAAACUUUAUUGAUCUAUUACCUAAUGCAGACAUUCCUUCAUCCCCAAGUUCAUCAACUUUGGGAAUUUCAGUCAAAGUAUUAGUGAAGCUAUGUAGCUAACUUAAAUCUGAGGAUCGAUGCUGCCUAGUCAAUCAUUCAAACAAAUCUUUGUUCAGUUGUGUAGGUUAUUGAUCUUAGAAAUAAUGGUUGUUGUUGGACAUAGUAUCAUGCUAGCUAGGUGAGAUACUUUGUAUCACAGGUUCAGUUGGAGACUCUUUGAUUUUAACCAUGGUACAUUUCACAGUUUUUCUCAGUUGCUUUGGAGCGUUUCUCAGAUCAGAAAUGAAAUUCUCAAAACUACUUGUUGAACCUCCACAUCAUUUAGUCACUUGUGCUCAUCAUAAGAACAUUUCUCGUUG